GUAUGCUGUCAACUCUUAGCGAGGCCAAGGGGUUCAUCGAACCUCACUAGGCUAAAGGAACAUGCCUGUCGUGAUCAAUUCUAGCUAAUCUUCCCCAGACACUCACCUCAACUCAACUCCCGCCUGCGCCUCGUCCAGUCUUCCAAUUUACAGUACUACUUAGGACACCAGUGAGGUCUCAUCGGAAGCCUCUGGGUAGCACGGACCACCGGCGCCCUUCUAACAAGCUUUGCAACUUCACCCAUCCUCCGUUUUCGAGGACUUUACCAGCCCGAGAUCGUUGUACCAGAGGUACCAACGCGCCUUUUCAACCACGGAGCUGAAUGUCGAAUCGGACGGACAAGUGCCUCUUCCUUCGCAAUCGCCUGAAAGGAACAUGAGUGCGACGUUUACUCUGCCUGUGGCUGCGACAGACAACUGCAAUCAUGGCCAUUCACAUGCACCUUCUCACUCCCACUCACAUUCGCGCUCGCACCAAAGAAAUCGAGCAGGAAGCCGCCUGACUGCGCCUUUCCCUCUGGCGCGAAUACCCUCAGAAUCGGUCAUGAACACGAGCGACAUGCACCGCCCUCCUCCGGUCGACACGCAGCUUCAUCAGCGUGUCAGCCCUGCUCCCAGCCUCGAUCUCUCCGGCUCGCAGUUUGUGUCAAAGAGGAGGGAUUCAGAGCAGAUUGCAUACACAUCUCCUACAGGCACAUCAAGACCUACAUUCCAGCGGAAUUUCUCCAAGGGUACGCAGCUGCUGUUACAUUCAACCGAAAGAUACUCUCUCCUGCAUGGCAUCCUCGCAGACAGCGAUUCGCGGAGGAUCUUUUAUUUCAUGAUUCUCAAUUUGUGCUUCAUGGUGGUCCAAUCCACUUAUGGUGUCUUGACAGGAUCUCUGGGAUUGAUCAGUGACAGCAUACACAUGUUCUUCGACUGCGUGGCUUUGCUGGUCGGUGUUUGUGCUGCUGUCAUGAGCAAAUGGCCUCCUAGCCUUAAAUUUCCCUAUGGCUAUGGGAAAGUCGAUACUCUUGCUGGCCUGGGAAAUGGCAUCUUUCUCAUGCUCAUCAGCGUCGAGAUUAUUUACGAAGCGAUCGAGCGGUUGUUCACUGGUGCAGAUGUCAGCAGAACGACGGAGCUUCUACUUGUCAGUACUCUCGGUCUUUUUGUAAACCUGGUCGGUAUUUUCGCGUUCCAUGGUCUGCACGAUCAUGGACACGACCAUGGUCAUGGGGACAGCCAUGUGAGCCACGACCACGACCAUGAUCAUGACCACAAGCAUACACAUAGCCAUACUGACUCGGAUACUCCAUUGACCGCCUCAGCUUCCCCAAUGAAGGGCAAGAAAGCUGCAGGCGGGCACCAUCACGGAAGCGAGAACAUGCAAGGCAUUUAUCUCCAUAUCAUGGCCGACGCACUCGGUUCGCUAGCCGUGGUCGGAUCGACCCUUCUCGUCCGAUGGACUGGGUGGAGCGGAUGGGACCCGCUAGCAUCGUGUCUCAUCGCCAUUCUUAUCUUCGCGUCCACGAUUCCCUUGGUCACGACGACGACAAAAACUUUGCUGUUAUCAUUGAAUUCAGACAUCGAGUACAAUCUCCGUGGCAUACUCAGUGGGGUAGCCGAACUUCGAGGCGUUGUGGGCUAUACGGUGCCGAAAUUCUGGCUCGAGGAUAUCAAGAAGGAACCUGGCCAUCAUCAUGGUCAUUCUCAUGGUCAUGGUCACCAUCACCACGGCCACUCUCACAAAGAUAGCGACAGCAAAUGUGGGCAUGGAGGUGAAGACCCUACAGUGGUGGGUGUGAUACAUGUCAUCGCCUCACAGACGGCCGAUCUUGAUGAUGUUAGGGAGAGAGUAGGCAUGUACCUGCGCUCUCGGAAGAUGGACGUGGUCGUUCAAUUAGAGCGAGAAGGAGAGCAUAAGUGUUGGUGUGGUGGAGGACAGAAAUCUUAGCUGACACCUACUACUCUCAGCUAUCCAACAUGCCUGUGACGAAAAUGUUCGAGUAUCUUACCUAUGUACCUGUAUUCUCGGGCUGUGCUUUACGAUACACGAAAUGAUAUGGGAUGUCAGUUGUUAUACUUCGUAGAUCAACCAGGGCUUGCAAUUAGUGACCCGGGAUUUGGCAAAUCUGGUACCUCGUAAAUCUUG